AUGAAUAAAAUACAGGAAUUGGUGAAUCCGAAAACUGGAAGCCGUUUUCCUAUUGGCGGCUGCAAACCUAGUAAGCCAUCAUCCACAUUACCGAAAUUCGGAGUUUCAAGAAUGAUUUCGGACCAUGAACUACCUGCAUCUGUUGACUUAAGACCAAAUAUGACGCCAACAAAAACUAAAAAGGAUAUUGAUGUUAGUCGUCUUUUUAUUUAUUACAAUGCUCGUCUUAAAGAUGGAAUCAGUGAAACAGACAUGAGUGAUGAAGGCUGCUCGAUAACAGCGGCCAUUGAAGCACUAAAAGAGUAUGGCUGUUGCAAAGAAGAAAUCUUUCCAUACGAGGUUAAAAACGUGAAUCGAAAGCCACCAGAAUAUUGCUAUAAAGUGGCUAAAGCUUAUCAUAUAGAAUGUGGAUUAAGAGUAGCACCGAACCUCACUGAGAUGAAAGCAUGUUUAGCUCAAGGAUAUCCAUUCGCGUUUGGUCUUACGAUAUAUACGUCAUUUUCUGAAGCUGAAACCAAUGGUAGACAUGUACCGACGCCAAACGCCGAUGAGCCUAUUGUUAGCAGUUAUGGUUUGCAUGCGAUGUUGGCAGCUGGAUAUCAUGAUGAAGGACAAUAUUUUAUUGUUAAGAAUUCAUGGGGUGCACUUUGGGGCGAUAAAGGUUACUGUUAUAUUCCUUAUGAUUAUAUGAGUAAUCCAAAGCAUUGUUUUGACAUGUACACUAUUAAAACCAUCUCAGGUAAUUCUCCUCGCUCAGAUAAAGCAACAAGAUAUGUAUCACAUGGUACUGAUGUUUCUAACACCAAUAUCUUGGUGAACGAUUUUCCUGAUGCUACUGACAUGAAAUUAUUUUGGAAUACAAAAAACACUACCACAUGGACAUCUGAAUCAUACCACAAGGUUGCUCAUUCCAGUAUUAAGCAAUCGUCGGAAGCAAUUAUUACAGGGAAUUCUCGUGUACUUUGGAUCGACCGGGAAAGUGAGGAGAAUAACAGAUUAAUGAAGAAAAUAUCAAUUGAGGCGUGUACUGCUGUAGAAUUUUGCGAAAGAUUUUCAUCGUUGGAACAGUACCUGCAACAACAUAGUCAAGAAGCAAGUUCAUCUUCAUCGGCAUUUCAAAUCAUUUGUCGUGGCUAUUAUAAAAAUGAAGAUAAAAAUCCGUUGGAUGUGUUAUUACUGUUAGAUCGGUAUGAAUUAGGACAUGUUCCAGUGACUGUCUUUACUCAAGAUAAAGAAGGUCUAAUGAAUCACUUACGAAAUGAAGCAUUUUCCAAAGGCAUUUCUGCUUGGAAAGAUCGAUUACACGUAGCCCGCUAUGGAACAGAUUUGAUUAAUCGCAUAGUAUCUAAUAAUAAAAAGACAAGUAGUAACCAUAAUCGUAACUAA